GGCGCGUCCAGCCCGGCCCCAGGCAGGGCUCAAAGGCGGCGGCCGCAGCGUACCCGCCGCCUGCUCCGCGGCCCGCCCUCCCUGCCUUCGGUCCUCCCUCCUGGGCGCCAGCACCUCCUCCCAUACCUGAGCGGGGAGCGGCGCCGCGCUGCUUCCUCCCCCGCCCGCAACUCCUGCCCGGCCGCAGCGGCGCCGCCACCGCGGGAGUAAAGGUCGCGCCGGCCGGGAGCGAGCGGGCCGCGGCGCCUCCAGGAAGCCGGCGGGGCAGGUCCAGGGGAAAGCGACGAGACACCGGGAAACUCUUGGCCGGUCCGGGAAGAUGGCGCCAGGCGGGCCGGCUGUGGACUGAGAGCCGGCGGGCGGAGAGGAGUCGGGACCUGCCGCCCAGCGGGGCACGAGCGAGGGCCGCACGCCAGGCACGGUGCCCCGGCUCGGGCCUGCCCUCGGGGUCAUGUCGGUCAGCGAGCUCUACAGCCAGUACACGAGGGUCUGGAUCCCUGACCCUGACGAAGUGUGGCGCUCAGCUGAAUUAACCAAGGACUACAAAGAGGGAGAGAAGAGCCUCCAGCUCAGACUGGAAGAUGAAACGAUUCGGGAAUACCCCAUUGAUGUUCAAAGCAACCAGCUGCCUUUUCUGCGGAAUCCGGAUAUCCUGGUGGGAGAAAAUGACCUAACUGCCCUUAGCUACCUACACGAGCCUGCAGUUUUGCAUAAUUUAAAGGUCCGUUUCUUGGAGUCGAACCAUAUCUACACUUACUGUGGUAUCGUGCUUGUUGCCAUUAAUCCUUAUGAACAGUUGCCAAUCUAUGGUCAAGAUGUCAUCUAUGCCUACAGCGGCCAAAACAUGGGGGACAUGGACCCCCACAUCUUUGCUGUGGCGGAAGAAGCCUAUAAGCAAAUGGCCAGAGAUGAGAAGAACCAGUCCAUCAUCGUCAGCGGGGAAUCUGGAGCCGGCAAGACCGUGUCAGCCAAGUAUGCCAUGCGCUAUUUUGCCACAGUGGGUGGCUCAGCCAGUGACACCAACAUCGAAGAGAAGGUCCUGGCGUCCAGUCCCAUCAUGGAGGCCAUCGGAAAUGCCAAAACUACUCGCAAUGACAACAGCAGCCGAUUUGGAAAGUAUAUUCAGAUUGGCUUUGAUAAGAGGUACCACAUCAUUGGGGCCAACAUGAGGACCUACCUGCUGGAGAAGUCCAGAGUGGUCUUUCAGGCAGACGAUGAGAGGAAUUACCACAUCUUCUACCAGCUCUGUGCUGCCGGCAGUCUUCCAGAAUUCAAAGAGCUUGCACUAACGUGUGCAGAGGACUUCUUCUAUACCUCGCAGGGAGGAGGCACGUGCAUCGAGGGUGUAGAUGAUGCUCAGGACUUUGAGAAGACACGACAAGCCUUCACACUCCUGGGAGUGAGAGAGUCCCAUCAGAUAAGCAUUUUUAAAAUAAUUGCUUCUAUCCUGCACCUUGGAAACGUGGAGAUUCAGGCUGAGCGUGAUGGUGAUUCCUGUAGUAUAUCACCCCAGGAUGAGCACCUGACCAACUUCUGCCAACUGCUAGGGGUGGAACACAGCCAGAUGGAGCACUGGCUCUGCCAUCGCAAGCUGGUCACUACCUCCGAGACCUAUGUCAAGAGUAUGUCCCUGCAGCAGGUGCUCAACGCACGCAACGCCCUAGCCAAGCACAUCUACGCCCAGCUGUUUGGCUGGAUCGUGGAGCACAUCAACAAGGCCCUGCACACACCUCUCAAGCAACACUCCUUCAUCGGCGUCCUGGACAUCUACGGGUUUGAGACCUUUGAGGUCAACAGCUUUGAGCAGUUCUGUAUCAACUAUGCCAACGAGAAGCUGCAGCAGCAAUUCAACUCGCAUGUAUUCAAACUAGAGCAAGAAGAAUAUAUGAAGGAGCAGAUCCCCUGGACCUUGAUUGAUUUUUAUGAUAAUCAACCUUGUAUUGACCUCAUAGAAGCAAAGCUGGGCAUCUUAGACCUGUUGGAUGAAGAGUGUAAGGUUCCCAAAGGAACUGACCAGAAUUGGGCUCAGAAGCUCUAUGACCGGCACUCUGGCAGUCAACACUUCCAGAAACCCCGCAUGUCCAACACGGCCUUCAUUGUCGUCCACUUUGCUGAUAAGGUGGAGUACCUUUCAGAUGGUUUUCUGGAGAAAAACAGAGACACGGUGUAUGAAGAGCAGAUCAACAUCCUGAAGGCCAGCAAGUUCCCACUAGUGGCUGACUUGUUUCACGAUGACAAGGACUCCGUUCCUGCCACCACUACAUCUGGGAAGGGCUCUUCUUCAAAGAUCAACAUUCGCUCUGCCAGACCCCCCCUGAAAGCAUCCAACAAGGAGCACAAGAAAACUGUGGGCCACCAGUUCCGUACUUCCCUGCAUCUGCUCAUGGAGACCCUGAAUGCCACAACACCACACUACGUGCGCUGCAUCAAACCGAAUGACGAGAAGCUCCCCUUCCACUUUGACCCCAAGAGAGCAGUGCAGCAGCUCCGAGCGUGCGGGGUGUUGGAGACGAUCCGAAUCAGCGCGGCCGGCUACCCGUCCAGGUGGGCUUACCAUGACUUCUUCAACCGGUAUCGGGUGCUGGUCAAGAAGAGAGAGCUCGCCAACACAGACAAAAAGGCCAUCUGCAGAUCUGUCCUGGAGAACCUCAUCAAGGAUCCUGACAAGUUCCAGUUUGGCCGCACCAAGAUCUUCUUCCGGGCAGGCCAGGUGGCCUACCUAGAGAAGCUUCGGGCCGACAAGUUCCGGGCAGCCACCAUCAUGAUCCAGAAGACGGUCCGAGGCUGGCUACAGAAGGUGAAAUACCACAGGUUGAAGGCUGCUACCUUAACUCUGCAGAGGUACUGCCGAGGACACCUGGCCCGCAGGCUGGCUGAGCAUCUGCGGAGGACCCGAGCAGCUGUUGUGUUGCAGAAGCAGUGCCGCAUGCGGAGGGCCCGCCUGGCCUACCAGAGGGCCCGCAGGGCCGCCGUCAUCAUCCAGGCCUUCACUCGGGGCAUGUUCGUGAGGAGAAUCUACCAGCAGGUCCUCAUGGAGCAUAAGGCCACCAUUCUCCAGAAGCACGUGCGGGGCUGGAUAGCACGCAGGCACUUUCAGCGACUGCGGGGGGCAGCUAUCGUUAUUCAGUGCGCCUUCCGGAUGCUCAAAGCCAAGCAGGAGCUGAAGGCCCUCAAGAUCGAGGCCCGCUCCGCAGAGCACCUGAAACGCCUCAACGUGGGCAUGGAGAACAAGGUGGUCCAGCUACAGCGGAAAAUCGAUGACCAGAACAAAGAGUUCAAGACGCUGUCGGAGCAGCUGAUGGCAGUCACCUCCACACAUGCCGUGGAGGUAGAGAAGCUGAAGAAGGAGCUGGCCCACUACCAGCAGGACCACGGUGGGGACAGCAGCCUGAGGCUGCAGGAGGAGGUCGAGAGCCUGCGGGCUGAGCUGCACAGGGCCCACUCGGAGCGCAAGAUCCUGGAGGAUGCCCACACCAAGGAGAAGGACGAGCUGAAAAAGCAAGUUGCAGUCCUGGAGCAAGAAAAUGCCCUCUUAAAAGAUGAGAAAGAACAGCUUAACAACCAAAUCCUGUGCCAAGCGAAAGAUGAAUUUGCCCAAAACUCCGUCAAGGAAAAUCUUGAGAUGAAGAAAGAGCUGGAGGAAGAGCGCUCCCGCUACCAGAACCUCGUGAAGGAAUAUUCGCGGCUGGAGCAGAGAUACGACAACCUUCGGGAUGAGCUGACCAUCAUCAAGCAAACCCCAGGCCACAGGCGGAACCCAUCAAACCAAAGUAGCUUAGAAUCUGACUCCAAUUACCCCUCCAUCUCCACAUCUGAGGUCGGAGACGCAGAGGAUGCCCUUCAACAGGUGGAGGACAUUGGCCUGGAAAAGGCGGCCAUGGACAUGACGGUCUUCCUGAAGCUUCAGAAGAGAGUGCGGGAGCUUGAGCAGGAGCGGAAGAAGCUGCAAGUGCAGCUGGAGAAGAGAGAGCAGCAGGACGGCAGGAAGGUGCAGGUGGAACAAGCAAAGAAUGACCUAGACUCGGACCAGGAUGCAGACCUAGCCUACAACAGUCUGAAGAGGCAAGAGCUAGAGUCGGAGAACAAGAAGCUGAAGAAUGACCUGAAUGAGCUGAGGAAAGCUGUGGCCGAGCAAGCCACACAGAACAACUCCACCCACAGCUCCCCAGACAGCUACAGCCUGCUGCUGAACCAGCUCAAACUGGCCAACGAGGAGCUUGAGGUUCGCAAGGAGGAGGUGCUCAUCCUCAGGACCCAGAUCGUCAGUGCUGACCAGCGCCGACUUGCCGGCAGGAGCACGGAGCCGAACAUUAAUGCCAGAACAAGUUGGCCUAACAGCGAAAAGCACGUAGACCAGGAGGACGCCAUUGAGGCCUAUCAUGGGGUCUGCCAGACAAACAGGUUGCUGGAGGCACAGCUGCAGGCUCAGAGCCGCGAGCACGAGGAGGAGGUGGAGGGUCUCAAGGCGCAGGUGGAAGCCCUGAAGGAGGAGCUAGACAAGCAACAGCACACCUUCUGUCAGACACUGCUCCUCUCCCCGGAGGCCCAGGUGGAGUUUGGGGUCCAGCAGGAGAUCUCCCGGCUGACCAACGAGAACCUGGACCUCAAAGAACUGGUAGAAAAGCUGGAAAAGAAUGAGAGGAAGCUCAAGAAACAACUGAAGAUUUACAUGAAGAAGGUCCAGGACCUGGAAGCUGCCCAGGCCCUGGCCCAGAGUGAGCGGAGGCGCCAUGAGCUCAACAGGCAGGUCACCGUCCAGCGGAAGGAGAAGGACUUCCAGGGCAUGCUGGAGUACCACAAGGAAGACGAAGGCCUUCUCAUUCGGAACCUCGUGACAGAGCUGAAGCCACAGACGCUGGCAGGCACCGUGCCCUGCCUUCCUGCUUACGUCCUCUACAUGUGCAUCAGGCACGCCGAUUACGUCAACGAUGACCUCAAGGUGCACUCCUUGCUGACCUCCACCAUCAACGGCAUUAAGAAAGUCCUGAAGAAGCACAAUGAGGACUUCGAGAUGACCUCGUUCUGGUUGUCUAAUACCUGCCGCCUCCUGCAUUGUUUGAAGCAGUAUAGCGGGGAUGAGGGCUUCAUGACUCAGAAUACUGCCAAGCAGAACGAGCACUGUCUUAAGAACUUUGACCUCACUGAAUACCGUCAGGUGCUGAGUGACCUUUCCAUCCAGAUCUACCAGCAACUCAUUAAAAUCGCCGAGGCUGUGUUGCAGCCUAUGAUAGUCUCCGCCAUGUUGGAAAAUGAGAGCAUUCAGGGUCUAUCUGGUGUGAAGCCAACGGGCUACCGGAAGCGCUCCUCCAGCAUGGUAGAUGGGGACAACUCCUAUUGCCUGGAAGCUGUCAUCCGCCAGAUGAAUUCCUUCCACACGGUCAUGCGCGACCAGGGCCUGGACCCUGAGAUCAUCCUGCAGGUGUUCAAGCAGCUCUUCUACAUGAUCAAUGCGGUGACUCUCAACAACCUGCUCCUGCGGAAGGACGUCUGCUCUUGGAGCACGGGCAUGCAGCUCAGGUACAACAUAAGCCAACUUGAAGAGUGGCUCCGGGGAAGGAACCUUCACCAGAGCGGAGCCGUCCAGACCAUGGAACCCCUGAUCCAAGCAGCCCAGCUCCUGCAGUUAAAGAAGAAAACCCCAGAGGAUGCGGAGGCCAUCUGCUCCCUGUGCACCUCACUCAGCACGCAGCAGAUUGUCAAAAUUUUAAACCUUUAUACUCCCCUGAAUGAAUUUGAAGAACGGGUAACCGUGGCCUUUAUACGAACAAUCCAGGCACAGCUGCAAGAGCGGAAUGACCCUCAGCAGCUGCUGUUGGACUCCAAGCACAUGUUUCCCGUCUUGUUUCCAUUCAACCCGUCCUCGCUGACCAUGGACUCAAUCCACAUCCCAGCCUAUCUCAAUCUGGAGUUCCUCAACGAGGUCUGACAAGGCGCAGUCCCCCGCUGUGGCUCCAUUUGCAGGGACAGCAAGAAGGAAGCCUCUACCGUACAGUGAACUGAGGGGCCCGUUAAAUCUGUAAAAGACUGAGAGCCUGUGCAGAGUGCUGAACUGUACGGAAUAAGACACAUCUGGCAUUAUUUUUUUGUACGUACUGCUCAGAAUAAAAACACUUGAAAUAUGGAAGUUUUUUUUUUAAGUAUAUGAUUUCAGUCUAAACAAAUACACAUUAUAAUCAUCUACCGCCACCCAGCAGCUCCCACGGCCACAU